ACCAAGGCAAUCUAAAUUUAAUAUUUUAUCUCCAGAUAUUAAAAUGGAUCUCGAAGAAGAUUCACUGCAAGAGUGUUUGCUGAAUGUUUAUGAACCUACUUCAAAUAAUACUCAAAUCCUUUAUAAAUUACUGUUGAAGGCUUUACAGUCCAAAGACUUCCGUUCUUUUAAAAAUAUAAUAGAACAUGAUUUAAAGAAGCAAUCAUCUACUUUGAAUAUCAACUAUAUAUAUCCAAAUUCACAAGAAACAUGCCUCGAUAUGGCUAGUAGAAAUGGUCUAACAGAAUUCGUGGAAUUUUUAUUGCGCCAAGGAGCAAAACCCAACAGAAUAAACGAAGCGCACAAUCGCGCUCCUAUUCAUUUUAUCACUGAAAAUGGAUAUGUAAAUACAUUGGCAGUUUUACUAACAGAACCGACAAUAAAUUUGAAUCUCGAGGCGGGACAACAGACCGCAUUACACAUUGCGGUAAGAAGAAAGGAUCUGAUGUGCGCUAGUUUGUUAUUGGAGAAAGGCGCUAGUGCUAGUAUUCCAAAUAGCAAGGGCCUUACAGCUCUUCAUUUAGCGGCAAUAAAAGGCCAGCGAAAUAUGGUAGAAUUAAUAUUGGAAAAAGGUCGACAAUGUCCAGAUAUUGACACCUAUAAAGAUUACAACAAUCAAACGACACGAGAGGUAAUCCAACAGAACUUGCCAGAUCUAAUAUUAUCACCCAAAUAUGAAAAUCGCGAAAUAAAUGUGCAUGAUCUCAAGUAUUAUUUGAUCGCCAACGAUGAAAUAAAUUUUCUGAAAAAUAUAGAAUAUGUCGAAAUAGAAGCACUUCACAGUGUAGCUGAAGAAUUAUUAGAGAUGACUUCAAAACGAAAUUUUCAUGAAGCUGUGAUUAGAAUCCUAGAAAAACUUAAGGGGAGACAGUUUAAUAUAGAAAAAGCCGCACAGAUGGCUAUUCAACAGAAUAAUCAUAUUAUUCUUCAGAAAUUGCUAAAUGUAGAGCCCAAUGUAGUUGAUGAUCUAAUCCUGAAUGCCUGUCUGGAACUCGGGAUGCCAGCAAAACGAGGAACUGACAAUUUUCCUGAUCGAUUGAACUGCUUAAAAUUGAUUUUAGAACAAGAAAAUGUCAAUGUUCGUUGCAGUGACAACAAAGGCAACACUCCAUUACAUUAUGCUGCUAGUGCUGGUUGUCAAGAAGCAGUAACUUUACUUCUUGACCGAGGCAGUUACAUCGGUCAUAUGAACAAAUUCAAUAUACCGUCUAUUGCAGAUAUUCCAGCAUGCACGCUAACACGUUAUUUUGAUAACUGUUUACAGAUGCGAAAGGAACGAACAAACGAGUACACGAUCGAAUUUAAUUAUCAUUGUUUAAUGCCACACAACAUUCUUACAAAAUAUGAUAAAACUCACUGGGCAAAUCGCGAGAUGGAAAUAUUCAAAUAUAUCGCCAGCAACGAUGGUCUCAGACAGUUACUAAGACAUCCAUUGCUUUCUUCUUUUCUUUAUCUGAAAUGGCAUAGAAUACGGCACGUUUUAUAUGCAAAUUUCAUCUUUUACGUCAUUUUUUAUUUUCUGUUAAAUACUUACAUUUUGAGUAUGACUUAUGACACUCGAAUAGAAAAUGAAAUGCAGUUUGUUAAUAAUAGCUUUAAUAUGACUUUGGAAAAUACUUCACGAAUUAUUUGGUAUUAUAAUUUUUUGUGGGCCUUUACUACUGUAAUGUUACUGCUCUUUAUUUUCCGAGAGAUUCUCCAAUUUAUCUCUCAUAUUCGGUGUUAUCUAACAAACUUAGAAAACUGGUUAGAAAUUAUAUUAAUUAUACUCAGUGCUACUUUGCUAUGUGGCGCAGGACCUCAAGUCGGUGCGAUAGUAAUCUUAUUGUCAGCCUGGGAACUGGUAAUCUUAAUUAGUCAGCAUCCGCGUAUGUCCACUGGCAUUGAAAUGUUCCGUACAGUUUCUUUCAAUUUCAUGCGUUUUCUAUUCCCUUACUUGUUUCUUAUCCUUGCCUUUGCUUUGGCUUUUUAUACGCUCUUCAAAGACGGCAACGACACGAACUUCCCUGAUCCUGGUCGUUCACUUUUCAAAACUAUCAUUAUGCUCACUGGCGAAUUUGAUGCUAAUGAUAUUCCGUUUAUUGCACAUCCUAUUUGGAGUCACAUUGUAUUUAUGUUAUUUGUUUUCCUCAUUGCUAUCGUGCUGUUUAAUCUGCUCAAUGGUUUGGCAGUCAAUGACACUGCUGAGAUUUUAUCUAAAGCCGAACUAGUCGGACUUAUUUCUCGAAUACAUCUAAUUGCCUACAUUGAAGAUAUAGCGAUCAGCAAACCUUUUAAAUAUUGUUUUUGCUGCGGGAAUUUGCGAUUACUGCGAUCCUGGAAUCCUUUUGGCUUUCUCGCCAAGAGAAUUCUUUUAUUUCCUCAAUUGCUGAAAAAUGGUAAAAUCAGUAUCAAGCCAUGCAAUAAUCUAGACGCUUAUGAUAACGAUAGAUAUUAUAAUAAGAAUGCUCACAGUGAAUUCGUAAUCCAUGACAAUCAGUGGACUACUUUGAAGAUGGAUUCUGAUAUAAUUAAACAAACUAAACGUAUUAUUUAUAAUAAGAAUCAAUUGACAGAUAAUGAAAAGAUUAUGAUUAUGUUGAAUAAAUUGCAAGAAAAAUUGUCGAAUAUGGAAAUAGUUUUAAAUACUAUAAAGCAGACAGUUAAAUAA